CAGCUUGCUUAUGCAGCCGCCAUAUUCUGUGACAGUAUUUUGAUUCGUAUCUGCUGGAAGUGAGGAAAAAGAGAAAAGUGAAGGGCUGUCGAGGGGAGGGGGGGCUGAAGAAGAGGAGCUGUCAAAAAGUGAUUCCCUAGUCUCUAUCAAACGGCGGAGAACUGGGGCCAGGUAUCCCUUCAUUAACGCUGUUUCGAGGACACACAAGGCCCGGGGCCUCGGUGCAGUUGGCUCUUCGUCUCCCUGGUAGUAGGUGGACUCCUCUCGGCUUCGACUGUCCCAGCUCCGCGGCCCUCUGGAGGUCCGGCGGCGGUGUCGGGUGUUGAAGGCGGCCUGGGGAGCGGCGGCGGCAGCGGAGACGGAAAGAAGAUGUUCAAGAUGAAGGCACCUUGCUGCCACGCCUGACGCCCCAGUGCGCUUAACAGAACAAGCAGUCCUGACCUGGCAACAUACGAAUGGCCCAGGGAAGCCACCAGAUUGAUAUUCAGGUUUUGCAUGACCUGCGCCAGAAGUUCCCUGAAGUCCCAGAGGGUGUUGUCUCCCAGUGUGUUCUGCAGAACAACAACAACCUGGACGCCUGUUGUGAAUACUUGUCCCAGGUCAGUCCGGGCUACCUGUACAGUGAAGAAGGAAACCUCAGCUUCACCGACGACCCCGGCUUCAUUAGGCUUCGUAAUCACAUGACCCAGUUGAACCUGGGCCUGCAGUCUCAGAAUGUGCAUUUGGCCCCGGUUCGGGACAGCCUGAGAAUGAACGGCAGUCGGACUCUGGCCCACAGCCUGAGUGACGGGCCCCUGCAGACAGGACAGCCCCCCAACAGUGACUUCUUUCAGCAGGAGCCACAGUCAGCCCCAGUGCAGGUGCCCUCCAGCAUCAAUGUGUUUGGUGUGAUGGAGCCAACCCGUAAACCGCAGCCCCCCCAGCACCUAGGACUCUACCCUCUGGGUGUCAAAGGAACAACUAUGGGUGUCCAGCAGACCCCACGCUUCAAUCCCAUCACCGUGACGCUAGCACCCCAUAUUCAGACAGGACGCAACACCCCCACUUCUCUGCACAUACACGGCGGGCCCCAGUCGGGCCUCAGCAGUCCACAGGGUAACUCCAUCUAUAUCCGGCCCUAUAUGAGCCAGUCUGCUGCAAGCCGGCAGAACCAGCCGCAGGGGGGCAGGGCCCAGUAUAGCCCCACCUCUCAGCCCCAGCAGCAGAUCUACCAGAUCUCACAGCCCUCCACCCUGUCGGGCUCCUGGUCUGGCCCUCAGCACGCCUCGUCCUCACAUACCUCACAGCACCAGACCUCUCAUGUCUACAUGCCAAUCAGCUCCCCCACAAACCCCCAGGCCCCCUCCCUUCUUCCGACUGCAAGCCAGGCCUCUUCCUCUGGCGUCUCCUCAUGCUCUUCCUCCUCCUCCUCCGUGAUGCCCACUUCCCUGUCGACCAUCAGUCAGUACAACAUCCAGAACAUCUCCACUGGCCCCAGGAAGAAUCAGAUAGAGAUCAAACUAGAAUCCCCUCAGAGGAACAACUCCACGACAGCCUUGCUGCGGACGAGCAGCGGGGCCCGCUCCUCCUCCGCCUCCUCCUCCUGCCCUUCCUCUUCAUCCUCUUCAACUGGGGUGGCUACGGUCCCCAGUACCCCUCUCUCCAUUGGAGGCCCCGGUCUGAGCCGCAGCCAGCCCACUGUUUACAUCUCUGCCAGCCCUCCUGCUGCGGCCCCUGCGCCCUUUGAGGAGGUGGCCCUGGCCCCUGCAGGCGCUCGCUCCCAGCCCAAGUUUUACAUUUCUGCCAAUGCCUCCAGCGACGACAGUGGUGGUGGUAGGAACCCCCCCACAGUCUACAUCUCAGCCAACCCUCCCAUGCAGGGACCCUCAGGGGCCAGGAACAUGGGGGGCCAAGUGAGCAUGGGCCCUGCCUACAUCCACCAUCAUCCACCUAAGUCCCGUGCGUCUUUAGGAGGGGGAGGCACAGCUUCCUCCCCACGUGUUGUGGUAACUCAGCCCAACACCAAGUACACUUUUAAAAUAACGGUGUCCCCCAAUAAGCCCCCGGCUGUGUCCCCUGGAGUCGUGUCCCCCACAUUUGAGCCCAACAACCUCCUCAGCCUCCCCUCCGACCACCACUUUGUUGAGCCCGACCCCCUCCACCUCUCCGACCCGCUGUCGCCUCACAGGGAGAGGCCGAGCGAGCAGCGGCGACUCAGUAUGGGCUCUGACGACGCUGCGUACACACAAGCGCUGUUGGUCCAUCAGAAGGCCCGAAUGGAGAGGCUGUGGCACGAGCUGGAGCUGAAGAAGAAGAAACUGGAGAAGCUAAAAGAGGAGGUGAACGAGAUGGAGAACGACCUGACCAGGAGACGGCUGGAGAGAUCCAACUCUGCCUCCCAAAUCCCUUCUAUUGAGGAAAUGAAGCAGUUGAGAUCGAAAAACAGGACCCUGCAAAUCGACAUUGACUGCCUCACCAAAGAAAUUGAUCUCCUCCAAACAAGAGGACCACACUUUAAUCCCAGUGCAAUCCAUAACUUUUAUGACAACAUUGGAUUCCUCGGUCCUGUCCCACCCAAACCCAAAGGUACUUUAUCUCUCGACGUGGGCACUAAGGCAGUGAAGCCCCUGGCAGAGCAGGAGGAGGACGAAGGGACGCAGUGGAGCUGCACCGCCUGCACCUUCCUCAACCACCCCGCCCUCAACCGCUGUGAACAGUGCGAGUUCCCGCGGCACUUCUGAGCCAACAAGGCCCCCCCUUCUCUGCCCACCUGUCUCCACCAUAAGACCAGAGAGAAGGCCUCUGUUUUUCUUCGGUUUCUUCGUCGUAUGAACUGGUACGGGGCUCACUCAUCGUGCGUCCUGUUCCCCUUUUUUCGAUGCUCUCGUCUAAGGUCUGCAGAGCACAGUCCACUGAAAGACUGACAGGAGGGUGUUCCCAGAGGAGGACCAGAGCUCACCUGAGAGACUCAGAGGGGGGGUGCGGGUGACACUUUAUCCCGGGGAUACCUCGCUGCUCCCACUUACAGUAUUACAAGUGUGGCCCAGCAGUGUGACCACACACACACACACACACACACACACACACACACACACACACACACACACACACACACACACACACACACACACACACACACACACACACACACACACUCAACACUACACACACACACGCACACACUCAAAUACCACACUCAACACUACACACACAAACACACACACUCAAAUACCACACACACACACACACCAUACACACACAAAGGUACCAAUGUGCCUUUUGUUGAUUACAUUUGAGUGUUUCUGUCUCUGGUGGCCUGUUCAGCCACUGCUCUCCAUCUGAAGGGAAACCUGACGGACUGAUCGAGGACUUUAAAGUGUGUUUGCUGUUUCUAGAGGAAGUCAAAGGGGGGUGUUGCUAACUGCCACUCUCAUGUGCCUUUUGUCCUCCCUCUUCUGUGCCUUGGGUCACGAGUUAAUAAAAAGAAAGAAAGUUGCAUGCUUGUGUACAGUACAUGGAGGCAGAACUCCCCUUGAGCUUUUUACUGUACAUAAUUUUAGAAUGUGCCUUGAAAGCCUCCCUCCUCACACUAUGAAUCACUUGUAUUUCCUGUAAGUAUAGCUUUAUAGACUUGAUUAACUUUUUUGUCCUGUAAUGUUUCCCUCUUUCAAACAAAUAAGCACCAUGCUCCCUUUCUAAGUGUUUGACUUGAUUUCUGUGAGAGUUGAAGCCUUGCAGAAGGAGAGGAGCAAGACCCUUGCAGUCAUCAUGAAGCUACGUCUGCCCGUCCGCUCAGCGCUCGUGUAACGCCGAGUUUCCUGUGUACCAUCGCACAAGCAGCAAAGAAGAAGGCUAUGGAAGACUCUUUUUUUUGUUUUUUCAAGACGCCAAAUAUGACAGGAGGGGGAGGGGAGGGGUCAAAAUGCAAAAUGAAACACUGCCAUCUUAUCUGACAACUGGAAUGUAGGUUUGAUGUUUUUGGGGACAGCUUCACCUCAGUGCAAAGAGACACUCAUCCUCCAGUUCCAUCAGGAAGUGACUGCAGCGCUCAAACAGCUGAUUUCGGUCAAAGUGGUCAUGUUGCUCUGCAGCUGAUGGAGUCAUGUGAGGUUACCAAGAUCAAAGUAUCCCUAUGAUGUAAAAAAUACUCAUACAGCCGGUCACAACACAACUGUCCAGUUUGUAUACUCUUAUUUUUAUUUGGCUCAUUUCAUCCUCCUAAGCUUUUAUUGAUGAGGGUGUCUCUAAAGUUUACUUAUUGUCAUUAACUUACCUUAACUGUGGAGUAGUUACUUAGUUUUGUUUUUUCCACACUUGUGAAAUGUUGCCUUGCAUCAGUGCCUUUGGAACUAUUGAAUUUGUAUUGAUCAUCUAUUCUGUCACAUCCGAGUGCCUUUUAUCAAAGCCAAAUGUUAGUUAUUGAAACCCAAUUAAAGUAGAUUAAUUAUUGUCUCUUAAGCACUUACGCCAUACUUUUUCUUUUUUCCAAUCCAAAGAAACCCGUUUUCAUCUUCAUCUGCACCUUGGUGUGAAGAGGUAGUUUAUUCAUGUUUUAUUAAAUUGACAAAGUAAUUUGGAUAUCUAAAGUGUUUUUUUGAUUUUAGCUGGGAAAACUGUCUUUGUAACAGAUAAGUUAUUUGUAAAAAAUAAUUAAAAAAAUCUAUUCUGA